AUGGCUAAGCAGAAAAAUACGCCCAAGGCAACUAAUAAAUUCAGAUAUGCCUCUUUCAAGGAUAAGAUCGAUGACUUAAAAAUUGAACCAGUGAGGAAUCUGGCAACAAGAGCGCAUGAUUAUGUUGAAACUUCCCACUUUUUUGCAUCAUUUGAGCACUGGAGAGAAAUUAAUUUGAGUUCAAGCUUUACUAGUUUUGCGGGAGAUGUUGAAAAUAUUGUACAGACAUUACCUCAGAUUCUUUAUCAUGAGGAAACAAUUUUGAGCACUCUUUUACAUUAUAUCGACAGACAUGAGCCUUUAUCAUUGCAACCUCUUUUGGAUCUUCUGGCGCAGUUUUGCCAUGAUUUGGGUCCAGAUUUUUUGAAGUUUUAUGAAAGAUCUGUCAACUCUAUGGUGAGCCUUCUCGAGGCUGCAGUUAGCUUUGAAUCCUCUGAUGUAUUUGAAUGGACUUUCAAUUGUUUGGCAUAUAUUUUCAAAUAUCUAUCCAGAUAUCUGACGGAAGAUUUGGUGCCGACUUUUAAUCUACUGUUCCCAUUAUUGUCACAUUCAAAAACGUACCUUUCCAGGUUCUCAGCAGAGGCAAUGUCCUUUUUAAUUCGUAAAUCCAACUUAAAAAAUUUGGUGGGAUUCGUUUCCUUUGCCUUUAAAAAGCUAGUUGAAGUGGAAGAAGCUAAUUUCUACGAUGGGCUUUUGGCUCUUUUCACAGAGGCACUGGUAUCGACUCAAGAAGCGCUGCAUUCCAAAUGUAGGUCUAUUUUGGAUAUUUUCAUUGGAGAAGCUUUGGCGACAAGUUCUGAUAGAUCGGGAAGCCUUCUAUGUGACUUAUGGAUUAAUCUUGCCAGACAUGCUUCAUUUGACAAUUUACAGCCUGUCUUUGAGAGUGUGGUCAACAAGUUACAAAAUGUUAUCGAUGCAAAUAAUAUGAACCAAGCAACAAAGAUUAUUACAACUAUAUCAUUUGCGGAAAGCGGUAAGAAAGUUGGUAACUGGACGUCAGUAGUGGAGUUAGUAAAAGUAAUAAUCUCUCAAAAAGAUAGGUCCAAACUAAGUCCCCAAACGCUGGCAUUUUUAUUUAUGGUUUUACUUCGUAAUUGUGAUAUCAAAAAUCUGACACAUUUCCAUAAAAAAUUGUAUGAGUUCUACCUGGAUGAAUAUCCUGAUUAUUUUACUGGAUUUUUUAAGGCAUCAGUAGAUUUUACGGCUGAUAGGGUUUAUUCUUUUAAUGGAAACAGGUACCUACAGCAGUACCUGAAUAAGCAUUGGUCUACACACCAAGAACAGAUUAGUUUAUUUCUUUUGCAAUCUAGCGAUGAUUCCGAUGCUAAUAGGAAAUUGGUCGUCAAGACACCAGAUGAAUUUGCAAGAUCGAUUUUAGAAUCAUUGAAAGUUUACGGUAAACAUAUUUCCGAUGAUGGUUUAUUCGAGGUAUGUCAAGGCAGUAUACUACUGUCGAGGUCUCAAGAAAAGAAUGAAGAUGUACUUAUUCCGGUACUUGAAAAUAUUUUGAAUGCUUCGUCUCCAGUAACAGAUUUUAAGAAGGAUGUGUUGGGGUACGUACUGGAUGCUCUGCAGCCUUCGGAUCAAGAAACUCACUACCAGCUUUUAAAUGAUACUCUACAGCAGCUAGAAAGUUAUAGAGACAGUCUGGUUUUCAUUAAGAGCUUAAAUAAAUACCUGCUUGGAUUAGGGAAAGGGCCCAAAUUGGGAAAAUAUUUGAGUGGACUGGAUGAUUAUAUUAGAAUUCUUUCUGAAAAUUUGACCUUACCUGACAAGGCACUUCGUUAUGAGACUUUGAAACUAAUUACUACUUUGAUGGAAGUACAAGAAAAAGAGGUACCGCAACUUCUCAAUGAUUGUAAAAUCAUAGAAGAAAUCCCUUUGACGUUAUUAAAUGCCCGUGAUUUAAGUAUAAGGAUCAGAAAUAUGGGAUCAACCUUUGCGAAGGUAGAAUCAGGAAGUAUUAUAACGUCUUUGUUUUUCAAAUUUCUGUUUGGUCUGUUGACUAUAAGGUUUUCCCCUGUCUGGGAAGGUGUUUAUGAAGUAAUUUCCAAUGCUUAUGGUAAAGAUCAACAAUUAGUUUGGGACCUCAUCAAGCGAUUUCUUGAUGCACCCGAUGAUCACCAUUGCUUAACUUAUUAUGAUGAUUUUAUGGUUGGUGAAGCGGACAUCGAUCGUUGGAAUGUGAGAGCGGUGAGACUCCAUGAGAUAUUAGAAUCCUUUUCUAACACAUGGUCAGGUUAUUGUUUUUCUAAAUCAACAAUUGUAGAAACAAUGAAAGCAAGAAGAGCAAAUUUAGAUUAUCCCGGUCAACUCAGAAACCAAACUUUAAAGUUGAUGCUUUUGGUUCCACAAUUUGUUGAGCGCCAUUCAAGAGAUAUAAUACCGUACUUAUUCAAUCAAGAUGAAUCUACGGAAAUUUUUGGGCUUCAAGAAGAGAAACGAGGUGAUUUGGGUUCUGCAGCUAGGUGGACGGAGGCUGAUAGAAAUUUGCUGUUAAAAGUAAUUGGAAAAUUCAAGAACAUGAAAUCUAUCUAUAGGUUCCAAGAGGUCCAUGAUAGGCUAAUGCUUUUGUUGGGAAGUAGAAACACAGAAGUACAGAAAUUAGCUUUUGAAGCACUUCUAGGAUACCAUGAUUCUGUGCUCACAAAAUAUCGCGACAAUUUAAGAAAUUUGCUUGACGAUACACUAUUUAAGGAUGAGCUCCUUAAUUUAAUUUCUACAGGGGACUCAAAACUUAUCGAAGACCAGGAUGAGCCUCAGUUGAUGCCUUACGUCGUGAGAAUAUUCUUUGGUCGUGCUCAGACACCUGGUACCAGUGGAAUAAAGAAGGGUAGGAAACAUGCGGUUAUCUCAAUGUUGCCCAAUUUACGAGAUGAAUAUAUUGUAGAAUUUUUGAAAUUGGGUAGUGGUAAGUUUAAUUAUCAGUACUUCUUCGAAAAUGGACGGAUUAUAGAAGAUUCAGAGGUAACGGCAACCACAUUGCGCCGAAUGCUAGGUUUCGUUAAUAUUGUCGACUAUGCUUUGGGAGUUUUGGCUUCAGGUUAUCCCAAAGUCAUGGCAACGACAGUUCGCCCACUUAUCUACACUAUUCACAUGUCUUAUCAUGUUUCUAAUGUGGAAGAGAAGGAACCUUACAUGGCUAAACUUGCAGCUAAUCUAAGACAGCAAUCAAUGAAAUGUUUGAAUAAUUUGUUUCAAUAUUUGGGGACAUCUUCGGUGCUGAACGAAUUUAUUGAAGAAAUCUGUGAUAUCGUUGUCAUGCCUCGUAUCGAAAAGUUCGAGAAUGAGAACUUGCAACAGCCCUCUUCAACCUUGCGAAUGAUUUCAUCCUGGUCAACUGUAGGUGAACUUUAUCCCUUCCUUUACUUUAACGAUUAUGCUUCUCCGUCCGCUAUGAUGAGGGUACUGUCUAAUCCAAAUGCUAAGGAAUCGGUUGUGGGUGUGAUAUUAGAAGCUGCCAACAAUAUCGUGACAAACCCAGUAAACACCGAUGAAUAUGCGGAUUUGGUGACAAUUGUUGCCGCCAACUGCUUGCGAGUGUUGCCAACAUUGUAUAAGAAAAUUACUAAUCCGGAGAUCGUCUCGACUUCUAUUGAUCUUUUGUUAAAUUUGGUUUACGCCGGUUAUCUGCAGGAUAAUGAAACCAGAAAAUACUUGGUAGAUUCUUUCAACCAUAUUAUCAGGGAUGCGUUCAAAGGAGUUAGCAAAAAAGACGUGAUUAAAGUUUUACAGGUUUUAGCUGCACUGUUGAAGGAUUACGACUGCGAUUGGGACGACGUUAAGGAUCUGUUUGAAGCGGUAAGUGGCCUACACGCAAAAUAUAGUGAAAAGCAGUUGAAGGAGCCUCUCAACGAUGUUUUUGCAAGUUUUGCUUGCAGAUUUCCUGACUUGCAAAAGCUAUCGAACCUUCUAUCAGACCUCAACUCGUUUUCUUCCAAGCAUAUGCUGGAAUACGACUUUCCAAGGAUUUUAUCUGCUUUUAAACAGUUUCAUGAAGUGGGUUAUAGAGAAUAUUCAGAAAAACAAUGGCUGCCAAUACUGUUCACCUGUAUGUUGUAUAUCAAUGAUGAAGAGGAACUUGCCAUUAGGACAAAUGCUUCUCACACCUUCUGCAAAUUUUUCGAUUAUCUCAACGAAAAGCCUUCGCCUGAUGCCGCCGACGAAGCAGUCAAAAUUUUGAAAAGGUUGAUCUUACCUCACUUACGUUCCGGGUUAAGAAGAACAUCAGAGGUUAUACAAGCUGAACAUAUUUCAGUCCUUUCUUACAUUGUGAGUACCGGGAAGUAUUUUACUGAUUUAGACGAUUUGCGAGUUCUCCUUUACAACGGGGACGUCGAAGCCAAUUUUUUCGUCAAUGUUGUUCAUAUACAACUUCAUCGUCGUUUAAGAGCUGUGAGAAGAUUGAGAGAGCAUGGCCACGAAUUGUCUGGUUCCAGUAUUUCAAACUAUCUGAUCCCUAUUGUUGAACAUUAUGUGUUUUCUAAAGAGGAAAAAUUCAGAAACAUUGGUAAUGAGGUCCUCGUUACUAUUGGUGUUUUGGCUAACUUUCUGUCUUGGAGUCAGUACAAAGGCUUGUUGAGACGCUAUAUUUACUUCUUAAAGUCAAGGCCAGAUAACUUGAAAGAGUCAGUCAAUUUGAUUACUCAAUUGUCUUCUGCUUUAAAAAAUUCAUUAUGUUAUUGUAGACAUAAGUUUAACAGUGAAGUGGUGCUGAAGAAAUUUCCAAUCGAAUUGGAGGAACCUGAUAAUUUUGUAACCGAAGAGAUUUAUCCUAAACUUACGAGUGUUUUGCAGGUUCGAGACAAUGAAACGGCAGUGGCUAGAAUUCCGCUCUCGGAGGCGCUGGUGAACUUUGUUAUUGGUUUGGAUGAGGUAAAGCUUGUAAGCUUGCUUCCAGGUACUUUAACUAGUCUGUGUCAAAUAUUGAGGAGCAGAUCAGAAGAAUUGCGUGAUGCUGUAAGGAAAACUUUAGCGGAAGUUAGCAAGAUUCUAGGUGCAGAAUAUCUGCCAUUUAUUCUAAAGGAACUAAUUUCUGCUCUGAGGAGGGGCUCACAAGUCCACGUUUUAAGUUUCACUGUUCACCAUGUGUUGAAAACUUUGGAGGCUGCUUUAAAACCAUCAGACCUGGAUAACUCUUCUCAAUUGUUGGUCAAUGUUAUCAUGGAGGAUAUCUUUGGUUUUGCUGGGGAGGAAAAGGAGUCUGAUAAUUACCACACUACUAUGAAGGAAAUUAAAGUUAGUAGAAGCUAUGACACAGCUGAAAUGCUUACUUCCAACAUAUCCCUACCUUUUUUUUACACCGUUUUGAACCCUGUGAAGGCGCUUCUUUUAGAAAGGAUGAAUUUGAAAAGUCAAAAUAAGUUGAAUGAAUUAUUGAGAAAAUAUGCCUUGGGUUUGAACCGCAAUGUACAAGCUGCUUCCACUGAGGUUCUAGGUCUAUGUUAUGAAAUCUUUGAACAGUCUGAGACAGUGAAGAAGCAUACAAAGAGCAAUAGACCUUUGGUCAGUGAAAACGAAGAGUUCUUCCUAAUCAACCUCAAUGCCAAAAGUGGGAGAGUUGAGAACGAGACUUCCUUGUUAAAUACAACCUUGCAGAAAUUUUCGUUGGAUCUGCUGCGUACUGUAAUAACCAGGCAUCGUUCCCUUCUCGAGGUUAAAUAUCUGGAGGGAUUUAUGCCCCUGUUAAAGUCAUGUGUGACUUCAGAAAAUGAGGACGUGCUAACUAUUGCGUUGAGAGUUUUGCUGGUUAUGGUAAAGCUAGAGUUCCCCGAGAGUUCGGAGAGUAUUUUCGCAAAUUGUGCCAGAAGGGUUCUGAAUAUAAUCAAGGAUUCUCCUUCUACAUCCAGUGAGGUCUGCCAAGUGGGCUUAAAAUUUUUGUCUGCAGUUAUCCGUCAUAAGAAUAUCAAACUCAAAGAUUCUGCUCUAAGUUAUGUUUUGGGAAGAGUUUUGCCGGAUUUGAAUGAACCAAAUAAACAGGGUUUAGCAUUCAAUUUCGUUAAAGCAUUGGUUUACAAGCAUAUCCAAUUACCAGAACUAUAUGAUGUCAUCGAUACUGUUCGCCAGAUCAUGGUUACAAACCACUCUAAAGAAAUCAGGGAUGUUUCGAGAAGUGUUUAUUAUCAAUUUUUGAUGGAAUAUGAUCAAAGUAAAGGACGUUUAGAGAAGCAAUUUAAAUUCAUGGUUGACAAUUUGCAGUAUCCAUCUCAGGAUGGUAGACAAUCAGUGAUGGAAUUGAUCAACCUAAUUGUGAAUAAGGCUAAUUCUGUUUUGUUGUCCAAGUUAUCCUCAUCUUUCUUUGUGGCUUUGGCGAAUGUUUUCUUUAAUGACGAUGCUCCUCGUUGUCGUGAGAUGGCCUCUUUAUUGCUAUCCAAACUGUUAUCAAAAUUGGAUCCUGAGAGUUUGACGACUGUGGAAAAAUAUAUCACUGCAUGGUUAAAACAAGUUCAAAAUGUUACUUUCAUGAACCUCGGUUUGAGAGUGUAUAAAGUUUAUUUGACGAGUAUUGGUUUAGAACAUAACGCUGCUCUGGAUGAACUUGCCAUGAAUCGUGUCAAAACCAUUAUCUCCAACACUGACGUGGGAUCCGAAUCACAAUGGGAUCUCGUCUAUUCUGCAUUGAAUCUGUUUAUUGCAUAUGUUGAACGGUCAGAAAAGAGCUUCGGUGUAGCAUUCCGCAUCACUUGGGAUAAGGUUAUAGGUUGUAUUUUGUAUCCUCAUCUGUGGGUCCGUCAAUCAGCUUCACGUCUUGUUAAUUUAUUAGUGAACAACCUCGACAAAUUCGAGAAGAAGUUUACUGAUUUAGAAGUUCAAAACGUUGUUAGCAGAACUAUGCGUCAACUGGGGGCACCAACGGUUCCUGAAAGUUUGGCUGCUAUCUCCGUCAAAACGUUGAUGAAAGUAGCUAUGAGAUGGAAAGAGAAUAAUGUACCAUUCGUCCUUAAAGAAUCAGACAAUGCUCAAGAGGUCCAUUACUCUAGUGCUCUCGAUUAUAUGAUCGUCAGAGCAGGUGCUAUCAUUAGAAGUGAAGAAAAUCCUGCGGAUUCCUUUAUGAGUAAAAAAUCAUGCAUUCAACUACUGGCGCUAUUGGUACAGAUUUUGGAUGAAAAUCAACUUGUUGAAGAAUCUGAAAAAAUUAUCAUGUCAUUGUUCAAUUAUUUGGAGCAAGGAGCCGGUGAUGGGUUGAACGAAGAACAACAAGAAUUGGGUAAUCUUGCUCAAGAAUGUUUGCAAAUUUUGGAAUCCAAGAUAAGUGUUUCUGAUUUUACCCAGGCUUAUGCUAAUGUCAAGCACAAUGUUUUGACUAGACGUCAAGAAAGAAAAGCUAAAAGGGCAGUGUUGGCCGUUAAAGCUCCUGACGUUGCCGCUCAAAAGAAGAUUAAAAAGCAUGUUAGAUCAAGAGAAAAGCGUAAACAUGAAAGGGAUGAACAUGGUUUUUACCAAAGAAAGAAUAAGAAGAAGAGAAUGUAA